AUGUCGGGCGCCGGCGCAGUGGGCGACGGGGCACGGUCCAAGCUCGCGGCGCUGAACAGCCGCUUCGCGGGCUUCGACCGCCAGGUGGAGGUGGAGAGCAAGGCACGCCUCGACCAGGAGGAUGCCGCGGAGAAUCAGCUCAAGGACAGCAUCGCCCGCCUCGAGAAGACCCUGAACGCGGAGAUCAAGAAGCGCGUCGAGGCCAACAAGGCCCUCCAGGGCAUGUUCGAGGCGCAGAUGGCCACGGUGCAGGACAAGCUGGAGGCUGGGCUUCUCGACCGCCUUGACCAGUUGCACGCCUCCGUUGGCUCCCUGAACGGCAGGGUCGACGCCGUGGAGAAGGACUUCAUGGAGGCCCGAGAGCAGUACAUCCGCGACAUCGAGGACAAGAGCUCCAUGGUCGCCAAGGACGCGGCGGCCCUGCAGGAGGCUUGCCAGAAUGAGCGCGCGGACCGGAAAGAGCGCGAGACGCUGAUAAUAGCCAAGCUCCGCGACCUCUCGCCAUCGACGCCCGCACCGCCGACAGGCUGGCGGCGGAGCAGCGGGAGUGCGACCUGA